UGAGUAUAAGAGUUAUCGGAGCGGAAUUGAUCUGAUCUUGACAUCUUGCACUUUGCCCUCCUGCCGUCCAAUUUCUUACGCUAGUUCUGUGGCUUCCAUCACGAUGUCGGCAACAACCACUAGUCUCGAGAUCUGGGAGGAAGACUAUGGGGGCAUUGAACUGGAACCCAUGGGAUAUCCCACCCUGGGCCAAGAUCCAAAGACAAGCCAAGCAAGCUUUAACGCUCAAGCUGUACAGGGCCCAGCAGAUGAAGAAAUCACCGAGCCCCUGACGAAUGCUAAUGGAGAUGCACCAGCGAUUUCCAAAUGGAGAGCCACCGUCAUCGUCGGCACCGUCGCCUGCAUCACGCUGAUUAACUCCAUGUUAGCAGGCAUCCUAGUCGUCAGUUUGCCCACAAUGGCAGCUGAACUAGGCCUAUCCCAAGACCUACUGCUCUGGCCUGCUUCCGUGAGCGCAUUGGCAUGCGGUUGCACCCUCCUCCUCUCGGGAUCAAUAGCGGAUGUCGCCGGGGGUCGACGGAUUUACCUCCUUGGCGUCUUUCUCAUGGCCGUAACCACCGUCGCUUGCGGUGUCUGUAAGACCAGCAUCCAGCUGAUCCUGUUCCGUGCCGCGCAGGGAGUGGCAUUGUCACUAUGUCUCCCUUCUUCUGUGAUCCUGAUCACGAGCAACAUCCCCACCGGCUCGUGGCGUAACAUCGCGUUCUCAUGCUUGGGUGCUGGGCAACCCGUUGGAUUCUCAGUCGGGCUUGUUAUCGGCGGCGCCUUCGUCGAGGCGAUCGGCUGGCGGUACGGAUACUACAUCGCUGCCAUCCUCACCGCCGUCAUCUUUGUCAUCUCCAUCUUCGGCGUCCCCGUCGACCAAGCCGCCGAGUCCCAAUCCCUCCGCACCAUACUCCGUCGCAUGGGCACCGAAAUUGACUGGAUCGGGUGCAUGCUCCUCAGCACCUCUCUCGGGCUUUUGUCCUACGUCCUCUCCGUCCUCGCGAGCGGCGCAUCGCACUUUCUCGCCCCCGCAUCCAUCACCCUCUUCUCCAUCGCCACGGCCCUCAUCCCCGCCUUCAUCUUCUACGUCAAGCGCCAAGAGCGUCUCGGUCUCAAAGCCAUCAUCCCCCCCUCCAUCUGGAGCAACCGCGUCUUCGCCUCCCUCUGCACCACUGUCUUUAUCAUAUGGGGCACCUUCAACGCCGUCCAAUUCUUCCUAACCCUCUUUUUCCAAUCCGUGCAGUCACUCUCCGCUAUCCAGACCUCCAUCCGCUUCCUCCCCAUGGUCAUCACGGGUACAGGAACAAACUUCCUCACGGGAUGGCUAGUCAAGCGCGUUCGCGCAGAUAUCCUCGUCCUCGCAUCCGCAUGCAUCAGCGCCUUGUCUCCCCUCCUAAUGGCAAUCAUCAACCCCGCCUCCUCGUACUGGACCUACGCCUUCUUCGCCACGGCAUGCGCCCCCAUCUGCGCCGACGUUCUCUUCACCGUCGCCAAUCUGCUAAUCACCUCUGUGUUCCCACCCAAGACGCACGGCUUGGCAGGGGGUGUCUUCAACACCAUCUCGAAUAUCGGAAACUCAGUCGGUCUGGCUAUCACUGCUGUUGUGGCGUCGAGCGUCACCCUCUCGGAGAAGGGGAAGGAUGAGAGUGUCGCGGAGAUGCUGAUGGAUGGGUAUAGAGCGACGUUUUGGCUCUGCUUUGGUGCGAAUGUGGUGGUGCUUGCGAUUAUUGGGUUUGGGUUGAGGAAGAUUGGGAAGGUGGGGAUUAAGGUCGAUUAAGGUGGUGUGUAGCGCCUUAGUCGGGGAUUGUGCUGCUAUCGUCUCGAAGGGCGGUCGUGGGAGGACUAGCGCUGACCGAGUCUUGGGGUGAAAAGGUCAUCGUGAAGCGCUUGUUAUCGUUUGGUUGAAAAUCUUUGAGAGAAAAAGAUGGGAGUAAAAGUAUGAUAAACAAAUAUUCACAAGAAUUUUUGAAAAUACCGCCUGUAGACGAAAAUAAAUUAUAUUUAUAUUU